AUGGAAACUAAAGUACCUCUAUUCUGCCAGGCAGAAGAAAAUACUGAUUUAUCAGAUGAAGGUUGUAAUUCUUUUGCAGCCAACUUGCCAUCAAGACAUAUUGACAACAAGAAAGACAUCAAGUUUUCUAAAAUGACACAGAAGAGAAUUUCUCAUGAAGUUAGGGGUUUGAGACUGGAGCACAAAAAAAUGUAUGAAACAUCAGUAUUCCUAUGUGGAGAAGAAAAAUCCUCUGACUUUUCAGGAGAGGAAAAGGUCAGAAGAAAGAAAAGUUUACAAGUACAAUUGCAUGCUAAAAGAACAGAGAUUGCCUCUUCCUCAGUGAAGCUGUUGAAGGAGAAGAUGACUCAGAAAGAAAGCUCCUUACUCAAGUUGCCGAAUCAGUACAGUGUUCACAAGACUCUAUCACCGCUUUGUACAUCUUCCUCAAUUGUUCGGAAAAGGGAAGUGUUUUCUAGCCUCUGCAAGACAUUGUAUAAUGAAGCACCUCAAGGACACUUACACUCACAAGAAUUAAGUGAUAACCACAUGGUGGAUAUUAGAGAUAUUCUAUUUAAUUUGAAUGAACUACAGCACCAGUAUGAAGAGUUUUCAGUUAUGGAGUCAUCAGCCUUGUAUAAAUCUACUUCAAGCAGAAAGUUAUCAAAUAUAGCAGCAUGUUAUUCACAGUAUAGGAAGAAAAGCGUUUUAUCUUCCAGACUAUCUGAACUAUCAUCAUUCCCAAAGUUAAAUGGAAAAAAACUCCAAUAUCAUAAAAUUGUGGAGGAUAAUGAUUACCUUCAAUUUAAAAGAUCAAAAAAUCCUUUGCAAAUAAAAAAAUUCCUAAAUGGGGUUGAUAGCAGUGAUACAGGAUUCCAGGAACCAUAUUUAAAGGAUGGGAUAAACUUUAAGAAAAGUUCAGAGAAGACUGAAAUUCAUGACUCAAAGUCUACGCCACAUAACUUGAAGAGCAUUACAAGCCUCAAAAAGUCUAUGGAUAAAAGUGAUACUUAUAGUACCCCAAAACUUCAGAAGCCAGCUGUGAGAAGGCAUUCCAGCCUCCUAAAACAGGUUGCAUCUAAGGAAAAAAUUGCAGUGAAUGCUCUGGAAAACAUCUAUGAAGCUAUCAAUAAACUCCAAGAAAAUUACAUUACUAUAGAAGAACUUCAGUCCAUUUUGCCUUCAGUGGGAAUUACUUUAUCAGACAAAGAGUUCAAAAAGAUUGUGUCAGACACUACUCAAAAUGAAAAUGGAAUGGUGAAGUUAGAUGACUUUAUGAGUACUCUCUCCAGGGAGCAAAGUCUUCCUGAAUAUGAUGUGUUGACUGAUGUCAUUAAAGCCACUGAUAAAAUUAAAGAUGAAAAUAUUGAUUAUGAGGAUCUGAAUACUUGUCUUCAGCAUUUUGGAGUUUACCUUUCUAAGCCAGAAUUUGAGAAGAUUACAGAGUUGACUGAAGUGGAUGAAACAAAAAAAGUGAAUUUUAAAGAAUUCAUUGAUACCUUGAUGACUAAUACAGAACGCUUCUCUGAAAAAUUACUAUUGCCUGACACUAUUGAAAACCUCCAUAAUCUCAGCAAAGGAAAGAUGAAUGUUUCUCAUCUGUGGAACACUCUGUCUAACUUGAAUAGUAACUUGAAAAAAAAGGAAUUUCUAUAUGCACUGAAAUUAACGACAGUGGAUGAAGAAGAUGAAGUACAAAUAGAAGAAUUUGGACAAGUGGUAAAGGAUAUUCAUGAGGCCUCCAGGUUAAAAGAGAUACAAGACAUUGUCUUAGUUCUUGAUGGGCUUGAAGGUGACAUGAUACCUGGGAAGAACUUGGAGAGCUUUCUAGGAAAUAUUGGGAUUAAGUCACCUGAAGAAGAGGUAGAGAAAAUUCUUCAUUCAGAUCUUGUUUCUGAUGACAACAUGGUGAAUGUUAAAGACUGUAUGAAGGCUUUGAAGGACACCCAGAAAUUUUCCAAUUUUGUUGAUUUUAGGAAAGAGGUUUUGUCUUCAAAUCUGAAACUACCAACAGCAGAUGAGAUUAAAGAAGCUGCUCAUAUCUUGACAAGUGUUGAUAAUGGUAAGAUUGGUAUACGUAACUUGGAGCAUGCCCUGAAAAGUUUGAAUGUUAAUUUAACUGAGGAGGACAUCAGUGAAGCCCUUAAAUGUUGCGGCAUCAGUGACAAUAAUGAGGUGAAUUUAAAAGAUUUCUUUGAAAGAAUUAAGGAAAGUCCACAUUUCAAAGAGUCCAUAGCUACACAGCUACUCUUAGCUGUUACCCAAAUUCUCCAGAAUGAUCUAAUUGAUGUCUCUGACCUCAAGUCAUUAUUGAUGAACAAUGACUUUUAUGCAGCUAAUAUUUUACUUAAUGAAGUAUUAGGACAUGGACCUGAACAUGGUUAG